GUCACCAGCGGCGGUGCCGUCAGCCCCCGGGGUCCCUAUUGGUGUCCCCAGCGGCAGUCGAGCCGCCCCUCUGCCGGCCGCAGACGCGGUGCAGCUGGCUCUGGCAGAGGAGCGGGGGGCUCUGAGGGGCUGCGGGCGGCUCUGGGGCUGACACCCUUCUCUGCAGCAGGGCCACGAACGGUGCCCGGCCCGCUGACUCGCAGCGGGCCCGGCCCGGCCCAGCCCGGCCCGGCCCGGCCUGAGGGAGCCGCGGGGGCGGUGCCGCCCGAGACCCCUCCCGGCCGGAGCCGCCGUUGCCGCCGUUGCCAAGCGCCCGGAGCCGCCUCGGCGCCGGCCCUGCCGCAGCCCCGGCUCUUGCGGGCCCCUCCGCGGCCAUGGAGAGCCUGCCCAGCCCCACCGCCGCCUCGGUGCUGGCCGAGCUGCAGUGGGAGCCCGGCUAUGCCGUGCCCGUGGCCAACGCGGAGAACAGGGCGCUGGAGGACGAACUGCACAAGUUGCGAAAGGAAAAAGAGGAGUUGCAGAAUGAGCUGACCGACUGUGAGGAGCGCAUAGAAGCAAUGACGUCUCAUUUGAAAAACGUGAGACAAGAGAUAAACUUCUCUCAGUCGCUUUACAAAGCCAAGGAGAAUGAAAUUGAAACUGAACAUCACUUUAAAGCCCUUGCUGAGAGAGAAUAUGGACGUCUCAAAAACGACAUUAAACGACUGAAAGAUGAGAUAGCUUCCUUGAGAGAAAAGAAAAACACUCAAGAAAAUACUAUAAAUAAAACCACUAAGAAGCUGGAAAACUUAAAGCAACAGAUGAACUGGGAUGAGGAACUUCUGGAGGCCUGGCUAAAGGAAUUAAACCGUACAGAUAAUGAUGCCAUGGCAAUCCAAAAGUAUGCACUGCAAGAUGAAGGGAAACUAGGAACAUUAAACCUUCAGAUAGAAAAGUUGACCAUGGAAGCAAACCAGAAGCGCAGAGCUCUGGAUAAUGAGCUUACAGAAACCAUCACAGCUCAGAUGGAGCUUGACAGAGCAGCUGAAGAUUUUCGCAGGGUUCAUCAAGAAAGGCAAGAAGUCAUCAGGCAGUGGGAGAAUGCAAUUCAUCAGAUGCAGAAAAGAGAUCAGGAGAUAGAUCAAUGUGCUUUGCUAAUUGCAGAGAUAAAACAAGAGAUCCGAAACAAAGAAAUUUUGCUGAGAGAGAAGACUGCCUUUUUGGUAAAUGAAACUGUUAAUAACAUGGAAUAUGAAAAGAAAAUCCUCACUGCUGAGCGGGAAGCAAACAACCUCCGAAAGGAGUUCCAGGCUCAGGAUACUCGAAGGACUCAGCUGCAGGAUGAGCUGCAGACUUUGAAAUCCAUUGUGAACAGAACUGCUUCUGAUCUAGAGUCUUUGAGAACACAAAUUACCAAUCUGAAGAAAGAAAUUCAGGGAAAACAAGCCAGAUUAAAACUUCUCAAUGAAAAAAAUGCAAAUCUUUCUGAUAAACUGAAGCUUGCAAUUGAGGAGACACUCACAGCAGAAGAGAAAGCUUUGAGGUUGGAAGAAAUAUUGAAAGAAGAAGAAAAAAGUGUUGAGGAAAAAGAAAAUGAAAUGAGACAGUUAAAGGACCUACUUUUCAAGAAGACUCAGGAGUUAAAAGUGCAGAGUGACAAGGAGAAGAUUAUUCUGGCAGAAAUUGAGGGAGGUCAAAAAUCACUUAAAAGUCUCAAGAGUCGACUGUGCAAACUUGACACAGAUCUGUUAAAACAACAAGAAUUAAUAUAUAAUCAGGAUUUUUACAUUCAGCAAAUACAGAGACGGCUGUCACGGUUAGAAGGGGAGGUUAAUUCAGAUGAAAAAGAAGUUUUGGAAGGAAAAGUUGCUGAACUUAAGAAAACUUUAGAAGACAAGAAAAAAGCAUAUGAUAUUCUACAGUCACUGUACAGGAAACUUCAGAAUGAUGUCCAAAUCACCAAGAGAACAAUUGAUAAGACAAGAGAAGAAACAAGUGGUUUGAUAGUGAAGAUAGAAGAACUAACUCUUUUCAAUGAGAGAUCACUUCAGGAGUUAAAAAAAGCAAAACACAUUAAGCAGGAGAUGAUGGUGGAAGAUAAUCUCUUAAAACUAGAGCUGAAGCGUCUUCGAAAUACCCUGUGUAAUAAAGCAGAGAAAGUCCUAACACUGGAAAAACAACAAUUGGAGUUAAAGAAAGUCAUAGCAGAAAGAACUGAGGAAAUCAGGAUCCAUAAGGCAAUGCUGGAUUCCCAGAUAAGGCUGCUGGAUCAGGAACGGCAUCACCUGAGUGCUGAAUUUCAAGAUCGCCUAUGGAAAAUUGAUAAACUGAAACGCAAAUAUGAACUUUUUACUCUUUCCAUGAUGCCACCUGAAGGAGAGGAGAUGAAAAGUCAGGCCUACUAUGUAAUUAAGGCUGCACAGGAAAAGGAAGCACUUCAGCAAGAAGGUGAUGAUUUGGAUGCAAAGAUCUGCAAAGCUGAAAAAGAAAUCACGGCUAUGGAAAACAGUUUGUGUGUACUUAAAAACUGGAACAGACACUACAAAAACUCUUUAAAGGCAUUUCCUGAGACAAGUGAGGAACUUGAGGAAAAAUUGAAACUAGAAAAGGACAAAAAGGAUGCUGAUGAAAAAUACAAAUACAAACAAAGAAAGAUCAAGAAACUUCAGGAAAAUCUCCAGAGCAUGCAACAACACUUUGAUGUAAUACAGAAGCAGCAGGCCCUCCUCAAAGAGCAAAAGAAGGAAAAAGAAGCUCUUAUUUUGCAGCUGAAGAAAGACAUUGAAGAACAGAAGCCAAAACUAAACAGAGUUAUGAAACAGUGUUCCAAACUAUCUAGAGAAAUUGAGUCUCAAAGGGAAGGUGGAUCAGAAACACUGGAAGAGAGAGACAUUCAUCUUCGGGAACUGAAAGCCUUCAACAAAACUGUCAACCAAGUGAUAGCUGAUGUUCUAGAAGCCAAUCCUGAUUUAGUUGCAGCCUUUCAAACGUACUUUGACAAGUAUGAUUUAGAGCUUCCUGUGGCUGCUUCUCCCAAUGGCAGUGAAACUUCUCAGUCCUCACAGAGCUCACUACCUCCUACCAGAGUUCCCAGUAGAAAAGGUUCAGCCUCUAGUCAGGUUUCAGCAGCCAAAGUGGUGGAGCUGACCUUGCCCAUCCCCACUCCUGAGGAAGCAGCAGCUCUUGGCUCACAGCCAGCCAGCAGAGGCAGCACCUCUGGGAUUUCUGAACGCAGGAAGACUUAAGUCAUUUUUUGAAGGCCACAGUAGUUGAGCUUCCUUAAUUUCUGCAACAAACUUAUAUCCAUGGAGUUAUCUGGAAGACUUGCAGCUGAAGUAUAAUUGUAAUUUUGUGGUUCUGCCACUCACCUUUGCAGAUCUCCCUGUAAACCCUGUAACUUUUUCUUCAGCAACACAACUACUGUGUCCAAACACUUGUAAGCAAAUCCCCCCCACAGCUCAAGCCAAGGGUUCACAUUUGAGCUUACCUAGACAAUAAAUGGUGUUGAAAAAACUUGGCUCCUCUGCUUCAAGUUGGGGUUUUGGUUUUUUUUUUUAACAUUACUCACAGAGAACAUG